ACUUACUACCAGGAAGGGCUUCACGCCGGCCGGCAGCGGCGGAGAUGGCGGCGGCUCAGGUGGCGGCGGCUUGGGCCGGAGGGUACGUGUCCGCGGGCAGGAGCAGAGCGGCGGCGGCGAUGGCGACGCCUUGUUCUUCGAUCGGCGGCGGUGCUACCGCCGGCUUCCGCCUCGCAUUGCCGCAGCGAAGCAUCCGGGCUACCACACGGAACAAGGGCCAGAUCGUCGUUGCUUGCCACUACCAGAGACAAGAAGCUUCAGCUUCAGCUCCAGCUCCACAGAUUGAAGCCAAGUCAAUGGAGGAGGUAUAUGAGGCUUUGGCUGAGCACCUUUCUUCCGUUUUGAAGAACAUUGAACAUCUUGACUCAAAUACUGCUAUCAACAGAUACAUUGUUGGUAUUGCUGGACCACCUGGUGCAGGCAAGUCAACAGUUGCCUCUGAAGUUGUUCAACGUGUUAAUAAUCGCUGGUCCCAGAAGCAUGAUCAUAGCAGUUCACUUAUUUCAACUGAAGAAAUUGCCACGAUGCUUCCCAUGGAUGGUUUCCACCUUUAUCGGUCCCAACUUGAUGCAAUGGAGGAUCCAAAAGAAGCACAUGCAAGAAGAGGAGCACCAUGGACAUUUGACCCAUCCCGGUUUUUGAAAUGCCUACAGACCCUAAGAGAAGAGGGUUCCGUUUAUGCUCCAUCAUUUGAUCAUGGUGUUGGUGACCCAGUUGAAAAUGACAUAUUUGUAAAGCCGCAGCACAAAAUAGUGAUUGUCGAAGGUAAUUAUCUAUUACUGGAAGAAGAUGUCUGGAGGGACAUUAGAGCCUUGUUUGAUGAGAAAUGGUUUAUCGACAUUGACAUUGAUGUCUCCAUGCAAAGAGUGCUCAAGAGACAUGUUGCCACAGGAAAAGAGCCAGAUGUAGCAGCAUGGCGGAUCUCGUACAAUGACCGACCAAACGCGGAGCUUAUCAUCAAGUCAAAAAAGACAGCAGACCUUGUAAUCGGAUCGGUGGACUUGUCUAGCUAGAGUCCAUGUCUCAAUUGUUGAUUAGAUGUCCGCUCUAAUAAUGUCCAGAGAAAGACACUGCCAACGGUUGUUUCCAUGGAGAUCUUUGUACAUACAAUAAGCUCAAUGCAUAUCUUCAUGGUGAUUUUUUGUACAUGGAACAAGCUUAUCUCCAUUCUCCAACCAGUUUGGUUGCUGUACACUCGAUGAAUAAUUAUUCAACAAUGGAUUCUCUACAAUUUUCCUACUCCUGAAGAAUGUCCAGCAUCAACUA